CCCCGAGUUAAAAGAGUCAGGAUCCCCUCACCAAAACCACAUCUUUGAACUCUGCCUGAACCGCCAAACAAACACAUGCUGUAUAACCACCCCCAUAUUUACACUAUACAUACAGACACAUCUAAAUACAAAAAAGUUGAUUCAAUAAAAACACAAUUCCCUCAGGGACUCGUGGCUUCUGCCUCGGCGUUGAAGCCUCGUUAUUUUCUCCUGCCGACGGCUUUGCUUUUACAAGCGGCGAUAACUGAGCCUGCACCGCCACUGGGCCGAGGCACCGCCGCUGGGCCGAGGAGUGAGGGGCCGGGCGUGUGUUUCAAGACCUGCCGCCGCCUUGCUCUGGAGUCCUGCCUCGCGAAACACUUCCAAGAGGGCACCACCGCCGAGUCCUGAAGCAGACUUGUGUCGUUGUCACUGCUGUGGUGCUGCAGUAGUCGUCGUCCCCCCCCCCCCCCCCCAUAUCACCACCACCACCAGCACUCCCGACCACCCUAGGAGCUACAGAAGACACACGGGGGUUCACAGGACUCAGCCAGCGCCCUGCUGAUUGAAGAUGACUUGAGACACCACACUUAAAAGCCUCUCGCCCAGUCGAAGGGAGAGCGCCCGAGAGAGAGAGAGACUACGGGAGAGUGGAGAGAGCGAGCUAGAGAGAGAAAGAGAGGGAAAAACAGGCCAAACAGAGACACAACUCAGUAGCGGGACAACACACAAACGCACAAAUGCGCUCGGCCGGGCGUCUUUGAGCCAUGCUGGUGCUACUCUGCUCUGAGACUCUGAGUACGGAGCACCCGUGCCACGACCACCAUCUUCAUCAUCAUCAUCAUCAUCCUCGUCGUCACGGUAACCGCCCCCACCUCCAGCCCCGCCGCGUUUGCCGCCGUUCCCCUGAAGAGACGCCGCGGCAGCCCCGCCCCCGGGGAGCCAGGAGACAGCGCUGAACGCCGGACGCCACGAGGGGGAGAAGAAGGAGCAGGAGGAGGAGGACACUGCGCGUGCACACACUGACGCACAACCCAUCGUUCACACACACACAGAACGAUCCGACCGCCCCGUCCACACAGCAGACGAGCGUCAACGGACCAGAGAGAGAAACAGAAGGUGCUGUAGAACAAGAUGGCGGCCGAGAGCCUCGCGGAGCUCCGGGACUGGCUGUUCCUGCUCCUCCUGUGCCUCACCUUAUUGGCCGAGGUCCUGGAGCUGGCGGCGGCUGCCAUCGCCAUGGAGAACGGGGAGGGGGAGGAGGGGGCCGUGUGCCCGUCUGUCUGCCGCUGUGACGAAGGCUUCGUCUACUGCAACGACCGCGGCCUGAGCAUGAUCCCGCCGCUGCCCCUGAUGGCCGCCAUCCUCUAUCUCCAGAGCAACCGGCUCAGCAACGCCGGUCUGCCCCCCUCCCUGGAGCGGAGCAGCUCAAUACGCGUGGUCUACCUCUACGCCAACCAGCUGGAUGAGUUUCCUAUACACCUCCCGCCGUCGCUGAAGGAGCUGCACUUGCAGGACAACAACAUACGAACGUUACCACGCUCUUCCCUGGCCAAACUGCCCUUACUAGAACGUUUGCACCUGGACGAUAACUCCAUAUCCACGGUGAGCAUCCAGGAACGGGCCUUCUCUGGGACUCCAAAGCUCCGCCUCUUGUUCCUCUCGCGGAACCACCUGUCCAGCAUCCCGGCCGGUCUGCCGGCGUCCCUGGAGGAGCUGCGGCUGGACGACAACCGCAUCAGCACCAUCCCGACGCACGCCUUCAGAGGGCUCUCCUCGCUCCGGCGCCUGGUCCUGGACGGGAACCUGCUGGCCAACACGCGCAUCGCAGACGACACCUUCUCCCGCCUCUCCAACCUGACGGAGCUCUCGCUGGUGCGCAACGCCCUGCUGGCGCCGCCCGUCAACCUGCCGUCCAAUCAGCUCAUGCGACUCCAUCUGCAGGACAACGGCAUGACCCACGUCCCCAGGGGCGCUCUGGACGCCAUGCGGCGCCUGCAGAGGCUGGACCUGUCGGGGAACAACCUGACCAGCCUCCCCCGCGGGCUGCUGAAGGACAUGGAGAGCCUGGAGAUGCUGCUGCUGCGGGGGAACCCCUGGUACUGCGGCUGCAACCUGCGCUGGCUGCACGCCUGGCUGCACAGCCGGGGGGCCGCGGUGACCGUCAGAGGCCUGACCUGCCAGGGCCCGGAAGCUGUGCAUGGCAAGGCUCUGAGGGACCUGACAGGCCUGAUGGAGCAGUGUGAGGGCCCCCCGGUGGGGGCCGGGGCUGGGGCGAAUCCAGCAGAGAAGGGCGGUGGGGGCGGUGGGGGCGGUGGAGGGGGCGGAGGCGGUGGAGAUGGGGCCGGAGGAGGCCAAGCGUCCCGUGGCGGUUCCGCCUCACCCCCCCAGUUGGUUCCCACCCAGGGCUCUCUCUUCACGCUGCGGGCCAAGCGGCCGGGCCUGGGGAUGCCCCUGGCUCCGAGGGAGGGGGGGCAGAUAUCAGGGGAGGCCCUGGAGCUCAACGUGAAGCCGCUGUCCCCGGACAGCGUGCUGGUGACGUGGCUCUGCCCGCGGCCCGCGCCCUCCUUCCGCCUGUCGUGGCUGCGGCUGGGCAGCAGCGCGGCGCUGGGCUCCAUCACAGAGACCCUGGUGCCCGGGGAGCGGCAGCAGUACCACCUCACGCAGCUCACCCCCCGCUCGCACUACCUGAUCUGCCUGCUGCCCCUCCGGCAGGACCCGUCCACGGGGGCCAUGGGGGUGGGCUCCACGCUGACCGGCAGCCUGGACCCCGACACUAAGAGCUCCGGCCCGGCCUGCGCCCAGAUCGAGACCGGAGAGGCCCCGGUUAGCGGGGGGGGCGAGGGGUCGGACAAGGAGGGCCAGGACACGGAGUUGACAGUCCUGCCGUUGGCUGGAAUCAUAGGCGGAGCGACGGCACUGGUCAGCCUGCUGCUGAUCUUCGGGAUCUUCUGCUGGUACGGACAGAGGGCGGGCUACAUGUCCUCCGACGCCAGCUCCUACAGCCGGGGGCGGGGCGGGAAAGGGUACGACGACUACGUCGAGUCCGGCACCAAGAAGGACACCUCCAUCCUGGAGAUACGGGCCCCCCCCGCCGGCUUCCAGAUGACAGCCAUGGCCCAUCAGCCCCUGCAGCCCAAGCUGGAGGACGUCACCUACAUCCACACCAUCUUCCCCUCGUCGUCCUCUUCCUCCAACGCCAACGGGACCUACCGCAGCGCGCACGGGGGGGCGGGCAGCCUGAACGGCACCAUCAUCAGCCAGGGCGGCCACCACCCGGUCGGCUACGGCACCAACCGGGGCUACCGGGAGGGAGGCAUCCCUGACACUGACUACGCCUACACGUGAUGGCCCACGCGCCCCCGCCUGUCGGGCCGCGGCCGCCGGGCGCCGUUCUGAGGAGGAGCGCCCGGCACGUGGCCAUUUUGUCCUUGGUUUCCAAAGUACCCCUUUGUGCCUCUGCUGGUUUGCUGUAUAGAAAAAAAAACAUUGAAUCGGAGCUGUUGCGACGGACAUGAAGCGACCGGAGUGGCCGACACACGU